CAUUUAGUCCCUCAAGGAAGUACAAGACAAAUUAUCUUGUUACAGUGGUGUGAGCACAAGACCAAGUUUGUGGAGUAGUUUUCUUUGAUUUCACCUGUCUGAGGAGAUUUUUUCAUCACUCUCACGCUGGAUUUCAACCUGAUCUGAGCGCAGAGGGAGGACAGAGCGACUGAACAGAAGAGGGAGAGUGAACAAGAGAAAAGCCAGACAUGGAGGCAUUCAGCUCCAAGGACAUGGUGCUCAAGGCCCAGAAAAAGAUGCUGAGCCAAAUGGCCAACAAGACUACAGUGCAGAUGUUCAUCGAUGAAACCAGCAGCGAGAUUCUAGAUGAGCUUUACCGUGUGUCAAAGGAGUACACUGGGAACCGCUCAGAGGCCCAGAAAGUGGUGAAAGACCUCAUUAAAGUGGUGGUGAAGAUAGCUGUCCUUUUCAAGCACAAUCGAUUCAAUGAUGAGGAGCUAAAGAUGGCCCAGGAUUUCCAAAAGAAACUGCACCAGGGAGCCAUGACGGCCAUCAGCUUCAACGAGGUAGAUUUCACCUUUGACAAAGCAGUUAUGUCAGAGAUCCUGAAAGAAAGUAGAGACAUGCUUCUGAAGCUUGUAAACACUCACCUCACAGCAAAAUCCCACGGACGCAUCAACCACGUCUUCAACCAUUACGCUGACCCUGAGCUCCUCACCGAGCUUUACAACCCAUCCGGGCCUCUCAAACCCCACCUCACCAAAAUCUGCAACGGGCUUAACAAACUGCUGGAGGACGGGACGUUAUGAGGACGGCAAAGCAUUGAAAGACUUUUACAGGAUUGGCAACCACCCGUUAUCUCAGACUGCGUACAAUGCAACCAAAGAAGCAAAAAAGUGACUGACUGAUGGUGUCACACUUCAGUCCAACCCCUGAAAUAGUGUUGCUGUGCUAUUAAUGAAUAUUAGAUCAGUCAUUGGCCUGAUAGUGUUAACACAGCCACUGUUACUACCUAAGUGAGCUCAGAUCAAAUGUACCAUCUGAACAAUUUUUUAAAGCUCUGAGACUCCAGCUGCGUUGGAUAGAGGUUUUCAAGACUACUUUUUUUUUAAUGACGUCUAAACCACUGGGGUUCAGCUAUUCUGCUGUAAACUAAAGCAGAAAAUUGUAUUGUUCAAAACUGUUAAUAUUUUGGAGCUGAUUAUGUACCUCCCAGGACAACAAAAUAACAAAAACCAGAACACACAAACACAUUUAGAAAGACAUUCUAUUCACGCUGCCAUCUACUGUAGUGUUACCCUUAUGGCUAAGAUACAGUACAAAUCAAAGCUUGGCACUACACAGUCAACAAUUAUAUUUUGACAUGAACAGCCCUGAGGGGGAUCGGCUGUGUUCUAAAAGGGAACAACCACCAAAACAAUUUCUCUAAAACAAAAGCCCUCGCUUUUGCUAAAGUAAUUUGCAUAUUGUGUUGCAAGUUGAAACACACUAAUGUUUAAAAUUUUGAGAUCAGUAAGAUUAGUUUCUCAAAACUUUCAGUAGGGGAUGCGUUAAAUUGACAAAAAAUUGAUACAAACGUUUAUUUCUAAUAAAUGCUGUUCUGUUAA